AUGUAUCAUGAAAAGCCUGGCACCUACGCGGUGAUGCUGGCCAUGACAUUCAAACAACGGCCCCUCCCCAUCAUCCUGAUAGUUCUAUCAGUGAUAUGUGCUUUUGGAGUUACAGUCAAGUCCUACAAAUCCUUUUAUAUCUCUGGAUCAGAUUAUGCUCCUAGCAACAAUUUGCAAAGAGUCGCCAAAGUGUCCAUGCUAUACGGAAAGACGAACCAUAUGUAUGAAAGAGCGCUACAAAGCCAUGAACGCCACGGGAAACGAUGGGGUUACCCCAUGCAUAUCCUGCGACAGGAUAUCUCAGUCGGAUUCUGGAAUAAACCAAGCUAUCUAAUAUCCUUGGUGAUCAAUGAAAUGGCCAAGCCAGCCGGCGAGAGAAUGGAGUGGUUGAUGUGGGUAGAUGCAGACUCGAUUAUACUAAACCACGAUAUUCCCGUGGAAAUCUUCCUUCCGCCUUCAGACUUGGAGGAUAUACAUCUGGUGGCAACUCAGGACCAAAACGGCCUUAACACGGGAAUAAUGUUCCUGCAUGUCCACCCUUGGAUGAUCAGUUUCCUUACCGAAUCACUGGGCUAUCCUCUUUAUCUCCCUCAGGUUGACCUCGGUCGGUCUGCCGAUCAGGAAAGUAUGAGACAUGUGCUCAACAAGACGACAGGGGGUCCAAAGGGACAGGGUUACGCAGAUGGAGUCUCCUAUCUGCCACGGCCAUGGAUCAAUACCUAUGAAUGGGACUGGGCCUAUGAAGGCAAAAGGGGAGACCUGCUCGUGCACUUCCCGGGUCUAGAGGAGCGCCGAUGGCCGCAUAUGGCUAAAUGGUUGAAUAUCGUGGAGACGACUCCUCAUGAGUGGAACUUGCCUCUUGAAGAGACUGGAUAUAUCAACAAGACCACAUCUUACUGGUCACAGAUACGAAGUGCGAAGGAAAGCAUCAAGGAUGUGGAGAAGAAACUGCAGUCUGGGGAGGCAUUGCCUGGAAAUACGAAAGAGGCAAUCGAUGCACUCAAGAAAACAUUGCGUGAGAAAUCAGACAAUAUGGAGCUGGUACAGCAAUAUACAGAGGAUCUUAAUGCGUUGGUCGGGGUGGCAUAG